GAGACAGAUAGACGAUAGACAGAUAGUCCUCCCUCAAACUCAACCAGGACAAGAAAAGAGGGGAAAAAAAGAAAAGAAAACUAAAUCUUCAAAGCAGUAUUGACUAAUCUCACAGCAAAACAGAUCAUUGACUAUAGUUUAAGUUUUCAAGCCACUUAUAAACAGAAGCUGAAGAUGCUGUGCACAGUCCUGGAGAAGAAAGGAGGCUGUGUGGUUGGAGCCGAGCUCAGUUGCAAUGUGAAGGAGGAAAAUCCCAAUAAGAGAGAGAGUUACACUGCUGACUGGCGCAGCAUCAAUAUGAAGACACAACCCGAGGAUCGCCAGUCAAUGCUGAUGUCGGACGACUCUCGCCGAGAGACUCUGUCCCGUUAUUGGCAGGUCCGUCCUCUCAAUCAAGCCUGUCCAUCGGGUGUGCUCAGAGUGGGCACUGUGGAGACAGGUGUGAGGGAGCACCAGCUCUUACCCUACAGGAACACUCUGCCCUUGCCCAUCUUCAAGCCUGCAGAACUGGGCGUCCGCCUGAGCCGGGGAGCCCCACACACCCUGGAAGAUCUCCCUCCUGCCCGGGUUCCCGACGGAGCCUGUCCAGACAAGAGACCAGUGGAACAGAUCACCAGGGACCUGCCGCCCGUCAAACCCAUGCGAAUGGAGUUUGCCAAAGCACCCAGAGCCCUGGGCCGAUCCAUGUCCCAGGAGGCCCAGAGGGGCUGAAAAGCAGGAAGACAAAUAUGAGUUGAAGACUUUAUGGACUUUAUUAAAUGCAGGAUGAGACAGAAGGAUUGAGCAUGUAGAAACAGGUUUUUAGGGAAAGUCAAACACAAUGUUCAGUGAGUGAAACCUCAAAUGAUGAAAUGAUGAUCAGGAUGGGAUAAAGAAAAAUGAUGAUCCUGAUAAUGAUCUUGACGACAAGCAUAAUGGUUUCGUAUGGAAAUUUGAGGUGUAAAUAGUAUUUUGUAUUAAGAAUACAAUCAAAACAGCACUUUUUUGGGGUUGCCAUUAAUUAAAUGGACACAGGUUCAUUUUUGAGCUCAUGUUGAUGUUUGCUGCAUGCCGUCAGGGUUGGUCAUGCAAAAAUGUAAUGUUUAGUAAAAGAGAAAAAUGUUUAUUUUUGUUAAAACUCAGUUAUUUGAUAAAUAAGAAUUGCACUUUAUUGACAGAUGGUAUUUGUUGUUGGAAUUAUUGAUAAUCACUUCAAUAAAAUUUUACUGGGAUAAAAUCAAAA